AGGCACCAAUUCUCUUCAGGACAACUCUAGCAGUUUAUCUGUAGUGUCCUCUCUCUGCGUUCUUCUCAUCUCUGCAUCCAUCCACCAUGUCUCAAUUCUCUAUGCGUACCACCACUUCGGUUCCGAGGGCCGUGACCUCGAAGUCCAUUAUCACCAAGACUCGGAGCAGCAACGUGGCCUUUCCACAGAAAGCCCACAGCGUGUAUGGAGGUGGUCUUGGAGGAAGCACUCGCAUCUCUACAAUCACAUCUGGAGGUUGCUAUGGUGGAGGGUACAAAGGAGGAUACGGAGGAGGAUACGGAGGAGGAUACGGCGGAGGAUAUGGUGGAAUCUUGAUUGGAGGCGACAGUGACUUGGUCCAGCUGAAUGAGAAGGCCACCAUGCAGAACCUGAACGACCGUCUGGCAUCCUACCUGGAGAAGGUGCGCUCACUGGAGGCUGCCAAUGCCAGUUUGGAGAGGCAGAUCCGUGAGUACUAUGAGAAGAAAGGGCCAGUUGCUCAGAGGGACUACAGCCCCUACUGGAACACCAUCAAGGACCUGAAGGACAAGAUUAAAAAUGCUACCAUCAACAACGCCAACAUCCUCCUGCAGAUUGACAACUCUAAACUGGCUGCUGAUGACUUCAGAAUAAAAUAUGAGCACGAAUUGGUCAUGCGGCAGUCUGUGGAGGCUGACAUCGCUAACCUGCGCCGCUUGCUCGACCAGACGACCCUGACAAAGGCCGACCUGGAGAUGCAGAUCGAGAGUCUGCAGGAUGAACUGGCGUUUAUGAAGAAGAACCACGAGGAGGACUUGGCUGCACUGAGGUCACAGCUGACAGGCACAGUGAAUGUAGAGGUUGACGCUGCUCCUCAGCAAGACCUGAACAGGGUUCUGGAUGAGAUUCGUGCUCAUUAUGAGAACAUCAUACAGAAACACCGCAGAGAACAGGAAGACUGGUUCAAGGACAAGACGGCAACUUUUACCAAAGAAGUGGCCAUCAGCACAGAGACCAUCCAGACAUCCAAGACACAGAUCUCAGAUCUACGACGCACCUUGCAGGGUCUGGAGAUCGAGCUACAGUCUCAACUCAGCAUGAAAGCGGCACUGGAGAACUCAUUGGCAGACACAGAGGCUAGGUACAGCGCCAUGCUAGCAAGCUACCAGAACCAAAUCAACGUACUGGAAUGCGAGCUAAGUCAAGUGCGGGCUAGCAUUGAGCAGCAGGGACGAGAGUACGCCAUGUUGCUGGACAUCAAGACUCGUCUGGAACAGGAGAUCGCAACCUACAGGAGCCUCCUGGAAAAUCAAGACAUCAAGACUCAAGUACCAGGUGCAGUUGUCACAACAACAAUCCAGAAGACACAGCACAGCUACUAAAUGCAGAGCACACCGCUUUAUGAGACAACAUCUGGACACACACAUACAUUUGGUUUUGAAUGUUUGCUAAAGUAAUAUUGAGAAAAAGUGUUACUAAAAGAAAACGUAUGAUACUCAUAUUUGUGUGUGAUAAAGCCUGUCUCUGAAAAUAAAGCUGCUGUUCUGAA